GAGAGACUGAAAUAUAUCACGUGUGAACUAAAUAGUCUAUCUUUCUAACCAGUUUCUAUGUAUGAGUUAAAAUAAUCGAUCAGAAAAUUGACUUAUUAUAAAUAAGUUUCAUUGAAAUUCAACACAAUAAUGAAAAUAUGUAGUGUUAUGUAGCAAUAUCUUUUCAAAUGAACUUCAGAAAGCUUAUUAUAUUCUUGUUGUUACUUUUUCUAACGAAUUUAUGCGAUCAAAUACUUGCUAGCAAUUAUGAUCAGUACAUAGAUAGAUUGAUAAAUGAUGGGAAACUAUUAUACGAUGAUUAUAUAAAACAGAAUCCUGGUUUAGAAUCAACAUUAGAACGUUUAUAUUCACUGGAACAUCCGAUUUUUCAAGAUUAUCCAGAAAAUUAUGAAAUUACUGAUAGACAAUGGAAUGCAUUAUUAAAUGAAAUUAAUCAAGCUAAAUUAGGCAAACUACAAGAAAAUGAUAUUGAUAAAUCAAAAUUAAUUUAUUCAAAUUUUGACGAAAAAUCAAAUGAUAAUUAUGAAUUAAAUCCAAAUAGAAAUAAUAUUAAUAAAGUUUUAAAUGAACCAAGUUUAACAGAACGUCGAAAUGAAAUUGCUUAUCAAAAUUCUUUAUGGGGUGAACAUAAGGUUUCUGGAGGUUCUAGUGAAACAGGCCAAUGGAUAGAUUAUGCUUUAUUGGGAGCUGGAGCACAAGAUACAACAGCUGAUAAUUUAAAUCUAUCUAGUGAGUUGGAAUCAUCUCAUAUAGAAUCAAAAUUUGAUAAUUUACCUGCUUAUUGUGAUCCGCCAAAUCCAUGUCCAUUAAAUUAUAAAUCAAAUGAUUUACCAACACCAUGUGAUCAAGAUAUUGAAGAUACCAUUGAAUUUAAUCGAUAUUGGAUAAUAAGAAAAAUGCAAAAUGGUGAAUGUUCAUGUGAUAAUGAACAUAUGGAUAACUGUCCAGUUGAAUCAAAUGAAAAUGGACAUAAAACUAAUUUUAUUUCUGGACAAAAGACUGAUGGGAAAAUUUUCUUGAUAAAUCCAUAUCUACGAGGAGAAAGUCGUAAAAGGCUGGUAGCUAAAAAACGAGUUAAACGUUCACACAAUUAUCGUUACAAUCCUUAUUUAUUGGGUAGUGUUCAUAAAACUGCAGUGAAAAAAAUUGGACCAUAUAAACCAUCACAAGAAAAGUAUAUGUAAUAAAAUUAAUACAAUGAAUUGAGUAAUUGUAAUAAAUUAUACUUUAAGUCCAGUAAUAAUAAACGAUACAAUUUGACACUAAUAAUAAAUUGAAUGUUUUUUUUUAGAAAUGGUACUUUUUCUUUGUUUUUUUAUUCAUUCAAAAUAUUGUACUUUGAGUUAUAGAUCAUUAGGUAUAUAGUUUUUUCUUGACCUUUAGACUAAAGAAAUUGUACAAUAAUUCUUAUAUUGAAUGAAUCAUUUUUUUAUAGACCUUUAUUGUAUAGGAUUAUCAUGAUGUAGUUGAAGUUUUAGAUGUUAUAACUCAGUUUAUUUUCGAUUACUUAACGUGAAUGAAUGGACUUUAUGUAUGGAAGUAAGAAUCUAAAUGAUUCAAUACACAGAUGUAUAGUUAAUUCACAUCUUUAAUAGAGUAUAAAACCUGUGAUUGUAAACUUCAAUUACAUCAAAUAUGUUAGCCUGAAUUACCUAUGAACAAAAUAUUGUGUUAACAUUCAUUGUUAUGAAUGUUUAUAGUUCAGGUAUUUUGUCUAAAAUAAAAAAGAACCUUAUGAUUAACCUAUAGAUACGGUCUGUCACGCGAAUAAAAAUGGCAUAAAAAGAACAUAAAGUAAACAUCUAAUGAAAAAAUACAACUAUGAAACCUCAAAGCAGUUUUUUCAGAUAAAAAUUAUGUAUUAGGGGCAUAUUAAAGUAAGCAGUUGACUG